ACACACACACUUGAGGUAUUAAAGCUUGCUGUAAAGGCCCAUUUUAUCAUUAGUUAAUUAAUAAUAAUAAUAUCAUUCAGGCAGUCAGAAUGCGGACUGUCUCUCCGACCUCCAACACCGCCACAGCCCCACAGGCCUACCCAACCCCGACCCACGCUUUGGUCCCGGUAAUCGGUGUUAAGCUGUUUGUGUUUAGGUGUUGAUGCUAACUUGUGCUGCAUUCAGGCUCUGUGAGAGGAGCUGGAAUGAGCCCGCGAGUCACCAAAACUUUGCGCGGCAUUUCCAUUACAGGUCAUGGCAGUGAGCAGGCGGCCUUCAGCCGGUUAGGAUUCUGUAGGAUAUUGCAAAUGAAUUAUUUUUUCCAAGAUGACAGCCAAAGAGGUGUGCUCAUAACCUUAUGAGAGCAAACAACCAGCCCUGCUCAUCACUAUGUGUGAGCAGGAAACUAACCCAGUCAGUGGAAGCCUAGCCUCUCAAUCCUUCGUGGAAAUGGAGCUGCUGAGCUGUGUGUUUUCCAUUGGGAUGUUGGAUGUGAAUUGGUAGCGCCUGGAAGAUCAAAGCUUUCGUUCUUCGUGUCUGUCCACGUUAUCUGUUUGUCUUGUAGUUGUAAUGAGAUAAUAAGGAGUUGUGUGGAACUGAAAUAAUGUCAUCACCAAUUUCUGAGUAUUGUUUCUGCUAGUGUGACUCCAGAGGUCAAACGGAACCUUCAAACAUUCAGAGAAGUGGAAUUUUCCGCUGGAACCUGAAUGCACCGUAAAGUGACUGAGUGGAUUGGAUUAAUUUGCGCCUCCCGGGAAUUCCGGAACCUCACAUGACACCAACUCUCUGCCUCUAUUGGUCGGAGGCACGUGUCUGAACGACCCGUAGUACGACGUCAUCGCAGUGUCUCGCAGCCAAUCAGAAAUGAAAACCAAAAAUCAGUAGUGAAAGUAUUUGAGCGGCGUCUUGAUGAGCGCACUUGGAGCUGCUGGAGCGUCAGUAAUUGUGUGCAGGGAGCAAGAAAAUCAAAAGAGUGAUUUAACAAAGCAAACAAACGAAAUGGAGUUUUAUGAGAUUCAAAGUGACGCAGGUGAGCUGCAGGUCGAGGAGUGAGGAGCACAAACUGAAGCAUGUUUUUUUUUCCUUUGUCAAAUUCCCCACAGGCGCGUUUGCACAGAAAACAAUACAAACUACUGCGCCACGCUCCAACUCGCUCUUCUCACUGCAGCGACAAAUAUAGAUAUUAGCUGAUAAUAAAGUGAUAUUGGAGUCACUACGCUGCGGAAGGGAGCAGGUGCUGAAGCUGCUCAGGCUUCAUCAGAAUGGAAGGAAAUGCUCGCCGAGACCCAGAGCGCCCACGGGACUCCGGGGAGCAGUCCAACCGGGCCAUCCUGCCCCUCUUGCAGCCACCUGGCAACCAACAGUCUCACAGGAUCACUAACUUUUACAUCGACAACAUUUUGAGGCCGGACUUCGGCCUGAAGAGGAAGGAUGGGGCUCCGGAUCGGCAGGGAGACGCUCUUGGAGUGCUCAUACAAAGAGAGGAGCUGACAGGGAGAAAGCCUCCCAAAAGUGCUAACCCUCGGCAGGGUGGAGCAGGAGGCAAAGAAGAGGAGAACCCAGGAGAGCAUGAAGACCAGCAUCCGGACAUUGACGCCAGGAGGCCCGGCGAUGUGGCGGCUAAUGACCGCUGCCGCAGCCCUCAGGCCAGCACUGCCACAGCGGCCAAAUCGAUGCUGUGGCCAGCUUGGGUGUAUUGUACUCGCUACUCGGACCGUCCGUCAUCAGGGCCCAGAUCUCGCAAACCAAAGAAAGCGCCGACCCCGAGUAAAGAGGACAAACGGCCCCGGACGGCCUUCACCGCGGAGCAGCUCCAGCGGUUAAAAACAGAGUUCCAGAACAACCGCUACCUGACCGAACAACGGAGGCAGAGCCUGGCCCGGGACCUCGGUCUCAACGAGUCUCAGAUCAAAAUCUGGUUCCAGAACAAGCGUGCCAAAAUCAAGAAGGCAUCCGGGAAUAAAAACUCUCUGGCGCUGCAUCUCAUGGCGCAGGGACUGUACAACCACUCGACAGCCAAGGACGCCAAGUCGGACAGCGACUAGAGGAUGACAGUUGACUCUGAACAUGCAAUAAAAUCACCAGCGUUCAUAUUUCAAUUACACACACACACACACACACACACACACACACACACACACACACACACACACACACACACACACCUCUCUGUUUGUGACAGAGAUGUUAUGGCUGUAUACUGUGUACUCAGGGCUGUAGAUAUGACGAGGCCCAGCUCAAGUCAAGAUGGAGCCGCAUUCAUGUCACAGCCGGAAUCUCCACCGUUUUCACUCGCUGCAGCCUGAAACCGCGACCAAUGUGGCAUUCAGGGUCCAACGGAAAUAUCUGCGGACAUGGCGAACAAUUAAUACUAAUGCUGCUCUUUUAAAAUUGACCGAGAAGACAUAUAAUAAAUUCCAGUCUCAUCGAAGUAUGGGAUAACAUAUCUUUAGGUAGAAUAAAAAUAAAUAAACGACUUUAAGAACUACUUUUAAAACAGUUAAGUGUACUCCGCAGCUUGAAUUAGUUUAAAGUCGCUGGUUCCUGGCAGACCUCUGUUACUGUGACCUGACUGCAGGCCGGGGAUUCCACUCGAUGGAAACCCGGAACAAACAGGGUCAAAGGUGUUCGGACAACAGCUGAGGAGCCAUGUUCCUGGUUUAGUAGGUGUCAGCGUCAUGUGACACAUCCUACCUGCGUGCCUGCUACAUCGUGCCCACAAGAGAUUUCGAAUCGUGGAAUUUAAAAAAAAAUAAAAACUAACAAACCAUGUGUGACAGUGAUCGCGCUGCAGUGUGGCCUAACUGCCCGCACAGAAAAAACAGAGUGGAUAGAACUUAGAUAUUGUGGGCCUGCAGAGGAGGAAAAUGGCUCCAGCUGCAGCCGAAACCACGACGGGCUCGAGAGCAGGUGAUCACGCGAUCAAGCAUCACGCGCACUGCAGCCCUGUCUGAAAACUCUGAGCUAAUAUCCAAAGAUUUCUUUCUGUUGCAUUCCGGGAACUGUGGCGUGGACAAACGGUCCGCUGUGUUCUCCCUGUCUUACUGUACUUUCUGACCACGGGGCUCAUUUCUGCAGCGCCUCUUGCUUCCUCUUUGUUCUUGCUGUGUCAUGCCGCUGGACUGUAGUGAAUGUUGACCUGCGGGUCUGCUUGUUGUGGUGGAAGCAGCCCUGUGCGGCCUUCAGGUGCCGCACUGCGCCCAGAUGUGAGACCUCACGGUAUGUCUGGAGUUAAAGGUGUGCUUUAAAUCUGGUGACGAGUGUUUAGCAGCAAAAUUGCUCUCAGAUAUCUGCCAGUAGAUGCGCACACAACUUAACACAACCGGCUUUGAAUUUUCUGAUUUUAGCGAUUAUUAUUAUUAUUAUUAUUAUUAUUAUUAUUAUUAUUAUUAUUAUUAUUAUUAUUAUUAUUUUAACUUUCUCCCGAAAGCCAACGACAUUUCGAAAAAUAAACUAUCGCCUUAAAAAGCCAGUAGACCAUAGCUAAAAUUCAUAUCAAACCGCAUCAUCCUGAGGCCUCCAGGCAACCCGAGAAUGUUCAAGAACACACUUCCUGUUGUUGUUAACGAAGAUACUUUGUACUCUUAUUUUAAAUGCAAUAAACAUCCACCCGCGCGCAGGUGUUUACAUAACUUAUUUUUCCUGCAAUCAUUUUUCUGUUUGAACACGUUUGCCGGCUCCGAACCAAAUCGUAUUGUUACGAUGCAGUGAAUGUUUGGACUUCUUUAUUUUAUGUUAAAGCCUCAGUCAUGUUUUCUGGGAUUGAGUUAGGCACCUGGAAACGUUUCUGCCUUAAAGUAUUACGGUGUUAAGAGAGCGGCUGUUUUCUAUAUGGCAAAUGGGACUUUUUGAAAUCGAUAUUUUUAAAGAUGAAAUAUUAGUGUUUUCCCCUCUCAUCCGAGGUUCUCUUUUAUAUACAACGUGUAAAUAAUUUAUAUUAUAAUGGUGUCAUUGUAAAUAAACGACAACAAUGCAGACUUGACUUUUAAGAUAUUUUUAUUUCACAACACGAAAUUCAUCAAAAAGACAAAAGAAGAAAAAAAAGGGAAAAAAGUAACUUUAAAAAAAUGAAAUGUGUUGAUACUGAUUAGGAUGACAUAAUGAGAGCGCAACAGGGAGGACACCUGUGGUCUGCACACAAAGUUACGCGCUCAACACGUCUGCACCUCUACUCAAAACGCAGGUGUUCAUUUCGUAAAAUGUUUGCAUUUUACCGUAAUCUGCUCCACUUACUGCACAGGUCCUGUUCAGGCUGUGAAGUUCAGCCACAGCAUGUCAGAUACAAUCAUCGCCAAAAGCUCUUUAUCACAAUUUCGAUUUUAGCUGAUAGUUGUGGUCCACUUUUAUUACAAAGAGCAUUAAAAAAAGAAAGCUAAUCUGAAGAAGUUAUUUUUCUGUUCCUUUAAAACGUAUCUCCAGGUGUUUUCCAUACAUUUCCAAAGGGCAUCUUUAAAAAAAAACCUUCUAAACCUCCUAAAAGUGUAUUAUUUUAAUUUUGAGUUUGUUGACCCGAUGAUUGCAAGCUUUUCACACAGCAGCCCUCAGUAGAAUGACAUUUAAGGCCAUGGGCUAGGGUCCGGAUAAAAAUUAAGAGGGCAGAGGGGUGUCUUCAUCAUGGAGAGAUUUAAUAUUUGUAAAUUUAUUUGAGACUUUUGUUUUAAAAUAAAAAAACAGUUCCAUAUUUGACAUAACCCAUAUGGAGCACGUCAAUGUAGUUGGAAAGAAACUAUCCAUGAUUAUUAACCUAGGCAUUUUUGGGAUACAAAAUUGGCCCAUGUGACAGAACAGUUUCAAAAACUCUCAUCUCCAAUCACAUCAUUGGUGCAGUAGCCCUUAUGGCUUUAAACUGAUGGAAAUCAUGAACACACCCAAGAAACUAUUCAUCGCACACAUAUCAUUUUAUUUACAGACACACACACACAUAAAGAAAUCAUUUACACUCAGUUUCCGUAUUUCAGUUGUGACCACGUGUGACAGAAUGCAACACAGUGUGUUCACCAUGAGCACGAUUUCAAAUUCCCUCAGCUGCAGAUUGGGCAGGAACCGAGACAUGCAGUCACUUCCAAAAGCCUCACCCUAUAUGGUGCCUGACAACACUAACAGCGACAUAUCUGCCAGGCUUGCACCCAAAACUCCUUAAUGUGGGAAAAUCUGAACCAGAUUAGUUGACCGUCUUUAUUCUUUGAUCUUCAGGACCGCUGCAUAGCUGCAUCUACAUGGUUUCCCUCACAUUUUCAUUAUAAUGUUUAAUUCAGGAUCAUUUGCAAUUUGCACACCAACACUACUUGAAAUUCAAUUUGAAACAAGAGCAGAAGAGACUGACAAGAGAGAGACGAAUGAUAUGAGAAUAAAAAGGUCAUUAUUUCAGCUAAAAAUAGAAACCAUCUAUAGAGUGCAAUAUCCAGCAAAUCAUUCAGUUAUAGAUUGUCCUUUUGCAAGACACACGUUGAAAAAUAAGCCAGUCUCAAAUAAGGAUUGUAAUUCUGAAUAAUAACUGUUGUUAAUUUGACUUUUCAUUCACAAGAAAAUGCUUCCAGAGAUUAUUCAUUUCAAUCCAUAUCUAAGUAUUAUGUAUCAGUACAAACCAAGCGUUCCUGUGUUGUACAAAUUAGGGUAAACCAGUAGAAAAGCAACAGCCAAAAUUAUCUGCAAAUUCAGAGCCCAAAGAGUACCCUGAUAGCAUCACUGAAAUCUUACAAACACGUUUAUGUCUGAGGGCAGUUUACCUGAACAUCGGUGCAUGGUAAGAAAAAUCAAACAGAAGCAGAAUGAAAUGUGGAGAGCAGAGGGAGAUCCAUUAACCAAAAGCCAGAGAUUUGUCUGAGGCGCGUUCACUGGCAGCAGCAGCAACAGUGACCUGGGGUUUCUGAAUGGCUGCAGAAGCCUUCAUCUGCAUUUCCUUUCUUAGCUGGCUUGUAUGUGGAAGUAACGCCCAACGGUCUCUGACUUGAUGAGCAGAGCUAG